AAACAGGAAACAGUUUCUUACUGUUCAGUUCUCAGUGAGAAGAGACUCACCGACAGACAGACGAGUGCUGACAGAGCUCCGCCUCUUACAUGACAUCAUCUGAGACAAACAGGAAUCAGUUUCUUACUGUUCAGUUCUCAGUGAGAAGAGACUCACCGACAGACAGACGAGAGCUGACAGAACUCCGCCCCUUACAUGACAUCAUCUGAGACAAACAGGAAACAGUUUGUUACUGUUCAGUUCUCAGUGAGAAGAGACUCACCGACAGACAGACGAGACACACAGACUGACGAUCAGAUUCACCUUCAGACCAAACUAACAACUUCAUCUGAGUGAGUUCAUCUUCAGGAGAGAAAAGUGGAAAACUACAACACUGCUGCUUCAACCUGCUGACACUCCACACACUGAAUCUUCACUCAGAGACAAAAUGGCUUCCAGAUCAGAGGAGGAUCUCUGCUGUCCGGUCUGUCAUGAAGUCUUUAGAGAUCCUGUUGUUCUGUCAUGUAGCCACAGCUUCUGUAAAGACUGUCUGAAGAUCUGGUGGAGAGAGAAACCAACACAGGAGUGUCCAGUUUGUAAGAGAAGAUCAUCUAAGUCAAAUCCAACUGUUAGUCUGGUGUUAAAGAACCUGUGUGAGUCCUUCUUACUGGAGAGAGAUCAGAGAGCUUCAGAGGCUUUCUGCAGUCUGCACUCUGAGAAACUCAAACUCUUCUGUCUGGACCAUCAGCAGCCAGUGUGUCACAUCUGCAGAGAUUCAGAGAAACACACCAAACACAGAUUCAGACCCAUCGAUGAAGCUGCUCAACAACACAAGAAGAAACUUCAGGAAACUCUGGAGCCCUUAAAGGAGAAGUUAAAGGUUUUUAAAAGAGUUAAAGUGAAGUUUGAUCAAACAGCAGAACACAUGAAGGUCCAGGCCCGACGCACAGAGAGACAGAUUCAGGAUCAGUUUAAGAAGCUCCACCAGUUUCUAGAGGAGGAAGAGGAGGCCAGGAUGGCUGCACUGAGGGAGGAAGAGGAGCAGAAGAGUCAGAUGAUGAAGGAGAAGAUGGAGGCUCUGAGCAGAGAGAUAGCAGCUCUUUCAGACACAGUCAGAGCCACAGAGGACGAGCUGAGAGCUGAAGACGUCUCAUUCCUGCAGAACUACAAGGCUGCAGUGGAAAGAGUCCAGCAGCGCCCCCUGCUGGAGGAUCCACAGCAGCUAUCAGGAGCUCUGAUAGACGAGACCAAACACCUGGGCAACCUGACCUUCAACAUCUGGAACAAGAUGAAGGACAUGGUCUCCUACACUCCUCUGGUUCUGGACCCAAACACUGCUCAUCCAGAACUCAUCCUGUCUGAAGAUCUGACCAGUGUGAGAUUUGAAGAGAUACAGCAGCUUCCUGAUAAUCCAGAGAGGUUUGAUUAUUACCCCUCUGUUCUGGGCUCUGAGGGCUUUAACUCAGGGACUCACAGCUGGGAUGUUGAUGUAGGAGACAGUAUAUACUGGUCACUGGGUGUGUUAGCAGAGUCUGUCCAGAGGAAAGGAAACAUACAGUCUGGAUUAUUGAGAAUACGGUUCUAUGAAGGUAAAUACUCAGCAUGGUCACCAUCAGCUCUACCCACUGUUCUCGAAGUGCAGAAGAAGUUCCAGAGGAUCAGAGUGAAUCUGGACUGGAACAGAGGAAAGCUGUCAAUCUCUGAUCCUGAUACUAACACACACAUACACACCUUCACACACACCUUCACUGAGAGGAUGUUUCCAAUCAUUGUCACUGGAGAUAAACUGAAGAUAUCACCACUGAAGGUCUGUGUGACAACACAACAUAUCUGAUAGUCUUUAGUUAGAAGGUGGUGAUUAGUCAACAACUCUUCACUUCUUAAAAGUGAACAUGUGUCCAUCGAUUUAUGUAGAUUGUGUACAUGCAUAAGAAAACAAAUGAUAGAUUUAGUUUAAACUUUGUUAAUCUCUGUUUGCCUGUCAGAUAUGUGCAGCAGCAAACAGUAAUAGGAAAUAAAGGGAACAAAACAGUUUAUUAGAAUGAGAGUUAACAUUCAGUGACGUAAAUCUGAGAAGUUACAGUUAUAAGUUACUCAAUGUUUCACACAGUUCAUACAAUACAUUUGCAGAAAGAUAGAAAUAGACACACAGAGAUUAAAAUACACAUUCAACUAUAAUGUACUUACAACAUUAAUCAAUAGACAAGUAUAUACAUAUAUAUAUA